GUGGACAAGUACCGGGCCGGAUAUCCUAGAUAUACCGCACUCUUAAGUGCUCAUCCAUCGUUCUACAACUUCCGCCGCUUUACAAGAGUGCGCAUGCGGCUCCUCCUCCAAAAACAAGACGAGAUCACGCAGCUGGAAGAUGAGUUGGAUGAAAUCGACGAGAAGGAAGACCGUCCCUUGUUUCUUGGUGCUCUACGAGCAGAUACAAAUUUGGAAAGGCAGCGGGUACUUCAGUCUCUGAGAUCCGCCCUCGAUGAAUACGAUGACAUGAUAGAAAAAAGCCGACGCACUUUGUCCCUGCCGCCCGCGGCUGACAGAGACAUCGAUAACUUGAAGACGUGGACCGAGGCAACAGGUUGUAUCAGCCGCCGCGAAACCGAAUAUUUGGAAAAGCAGCAAGAUCUUGCCAACCUCAUUGGUAGUUCCGACACAGCAAUCAGCUAUUGCCACUCACUAGUCGAGAACUGUGUCGGUUGGCUGGACGAAAACAUUGGACAUGUAUGCAUGCCGCUAGAACCUCGGCCUCGAACGAAACUUCAAGGCUGA